CAUAUCAAUUGCUACAUUUUUGUUUUCAAAGAUAUAUUUACACAUCAAAAAAAAAAAGAGAGAGAAUGAAAUUUUAACACGGGAAAGCGUUUGCAAUAAAAAAUCAUCAAUUUUGACUCGUGACAUCCGAUUAGAUCUUGCCUUCAACAAGAGGUUUGAAAAUGAAAUUUUCUGCUAGUGAUAGAUUUACAACGUUAAAGAGGAGAAAGAACAAUAUAUUAUUGCAAAAGCGCCUCAAUCGACAAAGUUUAUUUACCCGAGAGAGAGAGAGGCUGGAUUUAGCAAUCCCAGAGAGAAUGAAAGUGACCGAAAUCUUUUAAUCAAACAUUUCCAUACUGGGAUGCUGAGGUGUAAAACGAAGAUUCACGGCAGGGCGACAUAACAAUAAAGAUGAUGAAGAAAGACUUUAAACACAGCAGAUUUGAAUACUACCUAAACAAAAAGGGAGCAGCAGCUGCCAAACCUCGCGAUUAAGACUCCAAUGUUGACAAGGAUUAGAAUAUGUAAUAUUCACCCGGGUUUGGAAAACCGAUGCACUGUUAUAGUAGACCGCGUCUUAUCGACAAAAGACUGCGUAUUGAUAACAUUCUCUUAUCAGAUAACCUCGUUAUAUUGGGACACUUUCACCUCCCAUCUGACAAAACUUGCGGCCUGUACAAACGAAGGAAAAAACACACACAGGCAAACUUUGACCAAAUUUGCACAAACAGACAGUCAAACGCAACUCUUGUCCUUCACGAGAGAAAAAAUGUUUUUCUGAUCUAACUCUGACUAGAAUAGGGAUAUCUCGAAGGAAUUUCACUUUGGAAAUCAUAUAGUAAGGUAAAACAAAAACGAGAUUGAACAGUAACUCAUUAAUCGCCACAGGGGGGAAGCAAAGAAUAUUUUUAACUUGGCAAGCAAGAGCAGGUGAUGAUAGCUUGUCACUUUAAAGUUGUCGAGAGUGUGAGUGUUUUUUUUAAAGAAGCCGCGCGUAAGCAUAAUAUUACAUUGGGGUUCGAACGAAACUGCCGACUGAAAGCUAAUUGUUGUUUCUUUUUAUAUCUUGAACCCAUAGGAAACGGACGUUUAUUUUUUUCUACAGGAUAGAAACAGUCAGGUUCAGAAUUCGGUAAGGGAAUAUUUGUAUACCUCGACGCCACGAGAGUAAUUUCGACCUACGUACACAUUACACGAGGCAAUAGGUAAUAACCGCGCAUCACGCCGACUCGGUGGGAAAAUCUCCGCAAAAUUUCUGAGCUUCGGCGACAAAUUAAUGGUAGAAGAGGAAGACAGGCGAGAAGAAAUUAGAGCGAGGCGGUUUAAUUGAAAAGAAAAUUGCCUGCCUUUAUUUGAUGAGUGGACUCGCACGGGUUAUCCGUUUGAUAAUGUGUAAAGACCUUGAUGGGCAUGUCGGCUGGUGCAUCUGCCUUAACUAAAUAUCCAAUUGAAAAUUCAUCAGAUUUAGUCAGUCAGUACAUGGAAAUUGGCUAUAAAGAACAGUAAAAUUGGCUUCCCUGCGUUCAUCAUAGCUGCCUAAGUUUUAUUUGGACCAAUCGCAGGCUGUGGAUCAUCGUUGACGUCAACCAGUGUUCACAGUUGUAGAUGCUAUACAUUUACAGCCUCCCUUCAGAGCUCCGUUAAAUUAAAAGGGAUCCGAGCUUUAGUCCGACACAUCAAGGCAUCCGGUUGAACGCGUUCAGUACAGUUGGCUGACAGCAAGCUCUUGUAAACUUUGGUGGUUAAGACAAGUACUUCUGGGAAGCUGUUAAAGAACAGUCGCCACUGAAACUGAAAACUAACAACGGCAAUAUUAUUUGAUUCAGCUCCGCUGCAGGAUUCACUCACAAUAUUGGCUUUUAAGAUACGAUUGGCAUAACGCCUUAGUUUAGAGCCACUAAUUUAGCGGAACCUACAGCGACCUUAGAAACAACAAAUAAACACAAAUUAAAGAAGGGACUACGGGCCGUUUGCGUUCAGUAGCAUUCAGUUUUCAACCGCUAGAAUGGUGGACUCGCCGCAAAGAAAUUUCAGCAAUGUGACCUCGACAAUGCCUCCAACAACGCAGUACGAAGGUGGCGACUUAGAUUCGAUUACUUUGAAGUGGCUCAGAAUUGUAUUUUACGGUGUCAUUUGUAUUGUAGGCACUGUAGGGAACGCUCUCGUCAUAUUAGCUUAUCGAAAUCCUCGGAUGCGAAGCGUCACCAAUCUUUUUAUAGCGAACUUGGGCGUUGCAGAUUUGACAGUGACUCUCAUAAACGUUCCAUUCACGGUUUCGUACUCCACACUUGGCUACUGGCCGUUUGGUGCUUUCCUUUGCAAGGCAAUCCCUUUCAUACUUGGUAUCACGAUUUUCUCCUCCGUCGGGACGCUAAUAGCGAUCGCAGCGGACCGCUACAGAGCGAUAGUUCAUCCACUGCUUCCCAGAAUUCGCACUCGACAUGCAAUCAUGAUCAUUGCAGCGAUUUGGCUCGUCGCUUUUAUCUAUCCAAUCCCGUUAAUGAUCUACCAAACUCUAACGGAAGAAGGACGCCAGUGCAGGGAAAAAUGGCCUACCAAGAACGCUCAAGAAAUCUACACCGUGAUACUAUUUGUGGCGCUUUAUUUAAUACCGCUGAUUGCUAUUUCAGUACUGUAUUUUCUAAUUUGCCACAACCUCAAAACAUCGGAAUCAUCCGCUCAGGAAGGGGCUCGUCGUGCGAAGAAAAGUGUUAUUCGCAUGUUGGUGAUAGUUGUGGUCCUGUUUUCGUUUUGCUGGCUUCCAUAUCACACUCUAGUCCUGUACGAUAACUUUGCUGGCAAACGUGAUGUAACUCCAGUGUUUUUCCAGAUGAUGAUGUUUAGCCUCUGGUUGAGUUUCGCAAACAGCUGCUGUAACCCUGUUGUUUACGCAGCAUUGAAUCGCAACUACAGGAGGGAGUUCGGUAGAUUGUUGAGGUGUCAAACACUAAGCAGUCACAGAAAUGCUGACUCGCUGUAUGGUCGGGAUAGGCGCUUUUCGUCGGAAACAAAAUCAACUUAUAGAAAGACGUCUAAACAGCAACUAAGUCGACUAUUUCUCAAGAGGAAAAGUAACGCCAACGAAGACUUUACCAUGCAUAAUGGGGCAAUGGCCGAGAUGUCCAAUGCGUCUAGGAGUGGCCAGGGUAACAGUUCCAGUGGGACGAGUCAGAACGCCAGAGAAGAAAAAUUAUUGGAAAAGCAACGGAAAAGGUCGAAGGUGGAGAGCCCUGUUUUAGUUUAGGUUUGAUACAUCAAAACACACAAUAAAGUAAAUGGAAUUCGUAUCGUCCCUUCGAGGUGGAUGUAUCCAGAACGUCUGCAUCAAGGCAAAGAACUAUCGUAUAGGAAGCAUCUCAGCUUUGCUUAGCUGAAGUGUCCAGUUUGAACAUCAUAGAUAGACAGGACCAGAGAGUUACUUAGCAGCCAACUAGAAUCCGUCAAGCACUGCAACGUUCGUUACCAACUCGACGGAAUGAAAUAGUCAUCGCUACUACGUCAAAUUGACGAUGGGAUCUGCGAACUUACAAGGUGUAGAAAGAGUGAGAAGGUCGCCUUUUACACCCAUCCCGGUUUCUCAUCUGAGAUGACAGAAAACGUAUACUAAAUUCACUCGAAGACCGUAUCCAUGAGCUACAUUACACUGAUCAACGGUUCCAUAGCUCCACGGACAAGUAAAUUCCCUUUAAACAUGGAGAUUCUUAAAGACUACAUCAAUUCCUUACUAGAACGAUUUCAAGUGUUAAAUUUUUUGCUAAGAGGUAACUGCCUUCAAAUUAUGGUAAGAAAAGAAAAAGCAGAAAGGAAAACAAACAUAACUGUAUCAUACUUAUGAAUUAAUAUUGAAUAUAUAUGAACACGCCCAAUGGGCAAAAAUGGAGUUAGGUAACAAAACAUUAUACUUAAUGUGUUAAACUUGCUAUUAUCGAUUUUUGUCGACCUCUCCGCAACACAUUCGUAUAGCUACGCAUUGCAUGUAACAAUAAUAGAGUAUUAUAGGCUAUUUAUUCAUUUGGAAAUUUUGUCAUGUCCCUUACGGCACUAACCAAACAUACAAUUAAAGAGAAAAUAGAAAGAGCUAGAAAAUCAAAUGUAAUCAUUGAACACUAGGCGACAAAAAAUGUGGAAAAGUAGUAGACCAGAAUGAUUAGUAUACUAUUUUUGCUUUAGUUUUACGUUUGCCGUGUUGGAAUUUGGUUGGUUAAUAGCAUUUUCCCAACAUUUACCAAUGUGAAGGAAUUAUGGAGGAAUUCCGAUGCUUUGUUACAUACAAGCUACCUUUUCUCGUGUUUCAUAUUUGACGCGAAAUAUUGACAAAGGAACUCCUGAAAAGUUUUGAAAUGAAAGCACAGGCUUUUCACACCAGCAAUGGAGAUAAACAAUGUCAUUAAUCUCACCAGAGCAAAGUAAAUCUCAAUUCUAUUGAGGGCCAUGUUGAAUUUGGAAUGUGUAUGAAAAAUUCCCUAUUGAGCCUCUACGGAGGAGAGAGGAGCCAACCAACUCUCGGAACUCUGGUGCUGGGGUACUCCUUUAUGAAAAGGAAGCCGAGGGGCUGUCGAUAAAACUGAAUUAAACCCUUAAAGGAGACCUUUAUAUGGCAUCAAUCACAAACAAACAUCGUGAAAGAGCUAAGAGCCUGCCCCAGCUGUGAAGGAUCAAUGGUGGACAGUGGCCCUUCACCCACAGCCCUCCUUACGUGCUAUAACCUAAGAGUCAACCCUUUCCCAUAUCAUUCUAUUUCUAGAACUGUAAUAAGCAUAGGGGUCUCCUAGUUUCCCACGAAAUAUCUUGUUUCUGCAAAUUAUCCCAGUCUUAGCUCGGGUACCACUGGCUAUUUAAAAAGGGGACAUGUGAGAGCUAUCACCAGAGUAAGUUGUUUCUAAAAAUAGAAAGAUACGGGAAAGGGUUGACCCACAGGGUUAGUAUAGGAGAUGGAGGCUUCGGGUAAUGAGCGUCUGUGGUGGACUGUUCUUGAUUGAGCCGAAUCUUCUUUUAGCUUUCACCAACAGAACAGACGAAGGGCUUUUCUUCGAGAAGUGUUGAAUAUUCUUGGCGAUCGUAAGGCCGCUAUAAUAUGUUAUUUAUGCAUGUUAUUUGCUGGCUGGGAGGUCUGUAUAGUGAAAACCUAUGGCCGAGGUCAUGAAAAUACCUGAAAAUGCGGCAUUUUCAAGCCCGAGUUUUCCAGUGUAUAGACCAACCCUAAACCGGUAAAUGCCCCUCUUCAAAUUAUAUAGUUUAGCAUAACAAUAAACGCUAUUGUUUGGGCUUGCUCUGUUUGCUGAGAAAGGUGUUUGACAAGGAAUCAACAAACUCUUCAAUUUUUGAUAAACUUUGACUGGGCUGGCUACAUAGCACACCCCUGUUAGAAUACCCUAGCCAGCAUAGUUAGUUAAGUUUGAAUAUCAACUAAGAGGCAGAAUAAAAUGUUUGUCUGGACAAUAAUUUCUUUAUUUUUUUUUCCCGUUUCCCUCAAAUCACUUUUAUAGAACUCACGAGAGCGUUACCGCAAAAGUGGACAGGGAUAGGAAAGUCCGGACUGCGCUAUAAAAACCAAUCACAUUGCAGGAUUCGUUACCGUGCCCUCUUGGUAAACAAUGUUAUUAAUGACUGACUACCUUUACGUGGAAAAGUCAUCGCAAAGCGUAACGAGUGAACAAAUUCUCACUCGUCCAAGAGCCCGUAAUGCUGGUUACAGGCGUUGCAUUAGCCUACCACGUAUAAUGAAAAAAGCACGGUCACCACAAAAAGACAAAAACAAAGACAAAGACAAAAAAGUAAGGGAAAAACUUCGGUAACUGAGCUAAUCAGAAGUAACCCCUUCUGAUGGACGUAACAGACUUCGAAGUAGUUCCCAAGAAUGACCAGCAUAUAAUUUCCCCUCACAUAAUCAAUAAAAUAUCAAUCAGAGAGUUGACGAGAAUAAAGAAAAUUAUCAUAUGACCCGUACGGCCCCGCG